AACUCAUUUCUUGUAAAUGGCAUUUACAGUACAGGUGAUGCAGCUAAUUAAAGUCUAAAUUGUUGGUGAUUGUAAUGGUCCUCCAUACUUCUCACAACAGGUUAAUAAGGUAAAAGCAGCAUCAAAGUUGCUACUGUCAUAAAACGUAAGUAGUGGUCGACAAUAGAAGCCCCACAACCAAACACACACACACACACCAGUGCCUCUUGACGUAAGAGUCGCCUUUAAAAAGGUAGUGGACAGCUGAGCAGAGCGCAUCAGGAGCCUUCACUGUGAAUUAGCUGCAAUUAAUCUAUAAGUUGUGACACGGUGAUGAUGGACCUCCCCUAAGAUAAAAUAACAAUUAUUAAAAACCGACUGACAAGUUGUGUAAACUGGGAUUAAUAAUGGUGAACAUGGACAAGGAGAUGCGCAAUGCGUUAAAGUAACAGGUGGUACUUUGGUUGAAAUGUAUUUGUGUCAAGAUCGGUUUUGUAGAAACGCGUUAUCAGCUAUCUGCGCUCACCAUCAGUGGAAGAGUGUCCGUUUUGGCCACGAGAUGUUGUGUUCAGGUUAUGUGAACCAAAGGCAAAAUACACGGAGAAGAUAGAAACUUUCCAGGUGGGCAGUGCGACAAACACUAAUUGCUCCAGAGUGAAGACAAGCUCCGAUGAAUGGACCGCAUCAUGUUCUCUGGUCAGGCUGGUCUGAAUUACAGCUUCAACCUGAGUGAUGACCGGGAGGCGGACGCGCCAGAGAAGCUCUCUCCGACGGGCUUCGUGGUGCUGUCCGUGGUGCUGGGCUUCAUCAUGACUUUUGGCUUUCUUAACAACCUCAUCGUGCUGCUUCUCUUUUGCAAAUUUAGGAAGCUGCGAACACCGGUGAACAUGCUGCUGUUGAAUAUCAGUGUCAGUGACAUGCUGGUGUGUCUGUUCGGCACCACGCUCAGCUUUGCAUCUAGUAUCCGUGGAAAGUGGCUGCUGGGGCGCAGCGGAUGCAACUGGUACGGCUUCAUCAACUCCUGCUUUGGUAUUGUGUCACUGAUCUCUCUAGUGAUCCUCUCCUAUGACCGCUACAGCACUCUGACUGUAUACAACCAGCACAUGCUAAACUACCGCAAGCCCCUGCUUGCUGUUGUGGCCACUUGGCUAUACUCCUUGUUCUGGACAGUACCCCCCCUGUUGGGUUGGAGUAGCUAUAGUGCAGAGGGGGCAGGAACAAGCUGCUCUGUUUCCUGGACGGCUCAGACAGUCCAGUCACAUGCCUACAUCAUCUGUCUUUUCAUUUUCUGCCUGGGUCUACCUGUCCUGGUGAUGAUCUACUGCUAUGGCAGGCUGCUCUGGGCUGUCAAAAAGGUGGGUAAAAUCCGGAAGACUGCAGCCCGGAGGAGGGAAUACCACAUGCUGUUUAUGGUUUUGACUGCAGUGGCCUGCUACCUGUUGUGCUGGACGCCUUAUGGUGUUAUCGCCAUGAUGGCAACGUUCGGCCCACCCAACAUAAUCAGUCCUGUGGCCAGUGUAGUGCCUUCACUACUGGCCAAGAGCAGCACCGUCAUCAACCCUCUCAUAUACAUACUUAUGAAUAAACAGUUCUACAGAUGCUUCCUCAUUUUGUUUCACUGUGAUCACUGGUCCGGGGAGAAUGGCAACACCUCGAUGGCGUCUAAGAUCACAGCAAUCCAGCUGAAUCAGAGAGCCUACAGCGACAAGGUGGCCUGUGCCUCCGCCAACACUUUCAACCAGUGCAGCAUGCCGGCCACCAAGCACAUAAACCCCCCUGAGGCCAUGACUUGAGUUUGAAUAUCCCCAACAUAACCAGAGAGACAAGACUCCUGAUGAAGCUCGACAGCUACACUUACAGUGGAAUGUGGACAUGAUGCUUUCAGACUGAAAAUGUACUUUGUGUGUGAGCUUUGGCUGUGUGUCCACUCAGUUUGAGUUUUUACAUUCACAAAACUCAAAAGUACUACAUGUCUGUAAGAAUGGAUGUUUUAUGAAGUAUAAACAAUAUGGCCACAUUUCUGCACAUUAAUGUGGACACCAGGGUAUUUACAGUGGUGUGAAAAAGUGUUUGCCCCCUUACU